AUGGUUGAGGUGGGAAUGGCAUUUCUCUCUGCCCUCCUUGGAGUGGUCUUCGAUAAAAUGGCUUCUCCAAGGGUCGUUCAUUUCAUUUCCAAACAAAAAUCAACCAAAAAACUCUUAAAGAAGAUGGAGAUAUCAUUGCGGUCAAUGAAUAUGGUGCUGGAAGACGCGGAAGAAAAGGAAGUUACGAAUCCUAAUGUGAAAAUGUGGAUUGAUGAGCUUAAAGAAGUUGCCUAUGAUGUAGAAGACAUAUUGGAUGAGAUUGCUACUGAAGCCCUCCGAUGCCAGUUGCGUGCUGAAUUCAAACUCGUUGCAGGAAAUGUACGAAACUUCAUCUCUAGUAGUUGCCUUAAUCCUUUUAUCCAUCGCCUAGAGCCAAGGAUUCAAGAGGUACUUGAUAGACUAGAACAUCUAGCAAAACAAAAGGAUUUUAUGGGUCUACAAGUAGGACUUGGAGGAAAACAAUAUCCAGAAAGGUUGACCACUUCUUAUGUCAGAGAGUCUGACACUUUUGGUAGGGAUGAGGAUAAGAAAAAAGUAAUUGACUUAUUGCUCUCGUUUGAUGCGAGUGGCAAUGAAAUGUGCGUGAUUGCCAUCGUUGGCAUGGGGGGAAUCGGCAAGACUACCCUUGCUCAACUAGCAUACAGUGACAGUCGGGUGAAACAAAAUUUCAACCUUAAAAUAUGGUUUUUUGUUUCAGAAGAAUUUGUUUUGCCCAUGGUAGAGAAAUCUAUUAUAGAGGCAGCAACUUCAUUACCUUGUCCUGAAUUUAAGAAUCCAGAGGAGGUUCGAGUUAUACUAAAGAAGAAUUUGACGGGAAAGAAAUUUCUCCUUGUUUUGGAUGAUGUUUGGACUGAGAAACUCGAUCAUCGGGAGUUCCUAGGCCAACUCUUGGAAUAUGGGGCUCGAGGAAGUAAGAUCCUUGUCACCACAAGGAAUAAAAGCGUUGCAUCGGCCAUGCACGCUAUUGCAACUCAUCAUCUAAAGCUAUUACCAAAGGAUGAUUGUUGGUCACUUUUUGAAAAGCAUGCAUUUCGUGAUGGUAGCUCUAUUAACGCAGAUCCAAAGAUAAAAGAAAUAGGUACACAAAUUGUGGAAAAGUGCAAAGGUCUACCGUUAGCAAUCAAAGCCAUUGGCAAUCUCUUGUGGUCUGAAUCAAAUGUCGAGAGAUGGACGAAUAUAUUGAAGAGCAAUUUAUGGAAUCUUCCCAUGGAGGGGACAUACAUUCUUCCAGCUUUGAGGUUAAGUUAUAACUUUCUCCCCUCAAAUUUAAAAAGAUGUUUUGCUUAUUGUUCGAUAUUCCCAAAAGAUCAUAUUUUUAAUAAAGAUGAAUUAGUGUUGUUAUGGAUGGCGGAAGGUUUCUUGCAACAAUCCGAAAUAGAAACUAUGGAAGAAGUUGGCAAUCAUUACUUCGAUGCUCUGGUAUCAAGAUCAUUAUUUCAACAAUCAAGUCGUGAAACUAACUCGGGUUUUGUAAUGCAUGAUCUUGUCAACGACUUGGCAAAAUCCGUGGUUAGGCAAUUUGGCACUGAUAGUUUAAAAAAAAUUGUGAAGAUGACUCGCUAUGUGUCGGAUUUCGAUGAAAGUUGGGGUACAUUCCAGAAUAUUGAAGCUGAUCUUUUAAAGGCCAAACAAUUGCGCACUUUCCUUACAUUAAAAGAUUACGUGUUGUAUUGGGAAAUCAAAAUGCCAAGGACAAUAUUGUGCUUAAGAGUUCUCUCCCUAGGCAGUAUGGGCUUUCGGAUUAUUAAGUUGCCUGAUUCAAUUGGCAAUAUGAAAUAUCUACGUUAUUUGGAUGUUUCUUUCGCAAUAUUUAACAGAUUGCCCGAUUCCAUAUGUAAUUUGUGCAAUUUGCAAACGUUGAAGUUAUCAUGGUGUAGUGAGUUGGAUAGAUUGCCAAGAGAUAUGUGGAAACUUAUUAAUUUACGUCAUCUUGAAAUUGAUCCAACUCCCAAAUUAAAGGAGGAGAUGCCGAUAAAAAUGGGUAGAUUAAAUUGUCUCCAGACGUUGUCAAAAUUCAUCGUCAGCAAACAUGACAGUGCUAGUGGGUCUAACAUUGGAGAAUUGGGAAAACUAAAAAAUCUUCGGGGAAAUCUUGUAAUUCAAAAGCUCGAAAAUGUUAGAUCAGCUGAUGAUGCUUUGAAUGCAAGCUUGAAGGAUAAGGGUAACCUCGAGAAGUUGGUGUUAGAAUGGAAUAUUUCUCCAAAAGUACUUGGUAUUUCGGAAAGUCAAAGAGGUGUACUUGAAAAUCUGCAGCCCCAUGAAAACUUGAAAAGUCUCUCCAUCAAGCGCUAG